AUAGGUAUUAGAUUUCAUAUAUCUAAGAGAUUAUUAAUUUGUUUUGUUUUAAACUCUAUACAAUUAUAAGGAAAGGAAAACUUCCACAUACAUAACUGUCUUUUUUUUUUCUCAUUGAAACGAAUUACUUUUUUUAUUUGCAAAACAACACAUCAAUUGUCAUAAGGAUCUCAAUAUGAACUCUACAGUUGCAUCUGAAUACUCGUCAGAAAUCCAUUCUGUCCCAAUUGAACACAGAUUUAACCCAUAUAGUGAUAAUGGUGGUACCGUAUUGGGGAUUGCUGGUGAAGAUUUUGCAGUUCUUGCUGGUGAUACUCGUCAAGUGGUGGGGUACUCCAUUAACUCUCGUUAUGAACCAAAAGUGUUCAAUGUUGGAGAUGAUAUAGUCAUGACUGCCAAUGGAUUUGCUGCAGAUGGUGUAGCUCUCAUAGAUAAGUUCAAGAACCAAUUGAAGUGGUACAAGUUCAACAAUGGAGGUAAGAAAUUGAGUAUUAGAAGUGCUGCUAGAUAUAUCCAACAUUUACUUUACGGUAAAAGAUUUUUCCCAUACUAUGUCAGUACCUUGAUUGCUGGUUUGGAUGACGAAGGUAAAGGUGCUGUGUACUCCUACGAUCCAGUGGGAUCCUAUGAAAGAGAACAAUGUAGAGCCGGAGGUGCUGCUGCUUCAUUGAUCAUGCCAUUUUUGGAUAACCAAGUAAAUUUCAAAAAUCAAUAUCAACCAGGUUCAAAUGGUACCAAAAAGAGGGAAUUAAGAUAUUUAAGUUUGGAUGAAGUCUUACAAUUAGUUAAAGAUGCAUUUUCUUCUGCUACUGAAAGACAUAUUCAAGUUGGGGAUGGAUUAGAAAUUUUGAUUGUUACAAAGGAAGGAAUUAGAACUGAGUACUUCCCAUUAAAGAGAGAUUAGAAUGAUAUCAUAUAUGUAUAUCUAUAUUGUAUGUAAUGUCAAUUAAACUCUAAAUAUAAAAACAAAGAUAUAAUUUUACAAAAUAAUAGAU